AAUCUUUCAAACUUGCGUACUCACACUAAUAGUGUAAAUUGUGAUUACGAGAAAACUGACAAACUAUUGGAUUAUCAUUUAAAGAUCCUUUACCUGACGACGAUGAAACAAUCGCUAUCUUCUUCCCGGAUUUCAUCAGUGGGGGAAUUACGAUAUAAGCCUUACAGUUUAGAAACGAUUACGCAUUAUUAAAGAAAUUUCAAUCAAAUAAGAUCCUUUUUUUUCGAAAUAUAAAAUAGACAUACACACAUCAGUGAUAAAAAAAUAUUAAAAUAAUAAAUAAGAGAUGGGCCGAAUUAUCGGGCCCUAUCUGGCCUUCAUUCUAUUGGUUUUAGUUUUUUCCGCUUACGCUCGUCCAGCAAGUUCAGGUGAUUCGGAUUCUGAAAAUGGAAAAAAUGUGAAAACGAGUCAAAGGAGAUCGUCAUUUCCAGGAGCAGGAAAGCAAAAUAAUAAUAAUCCACAACCCUUCGAAGGUUGUCUUGUUUGGGCCGAUGGAAAAGCUCCAAAUAUCAAAGACCCUCCUCGAGUUUCAGGAAAGCCGUUGAAAAAUAAUAAUAAUAGUGGUGAUAAAAAAAGUGAUAACAGUGAUGGUAAUAAAAAACCAAGUGACAAUAGUGACUACAAUGAUAACGACGAUGGUGACAAUGGUGAUUACCCUGAAAAUAAUGAAGGAGACGAUGGACAAUAUCAUCCGAAUCCCGAUUUUGAUGACGGACAGGACCAUGCGUCUGAUAAGUUUGAUGACGGACAGGACCAUGCGUCUGAUAAAUUUGAUGAUGGACAGGACCAUUCGGCUGAUAAAUUUGAUGACGGACAGGACCAUGCGUCUGAUAAAUUUGAUGAUGGACAGGACCAUUCGGCUGAUAAAUUUGAUGAUGGACAGGAUCAUGCAGCUGAUAAAUUUGAUGACGGACAGGACCAUUCAGCAAAUAAAUUUGAUGAUGGUCAAGACCAUCCGAAUUCUAAUUUUGAUGACGGACAAUAUCAUCCAAAUCCUGAUUUCAAUACUGGAGAAUAUAACGAAAAUCCACAGGAAAAAAAGAAUAAAAAUAAUAAUAAUAAUAAUAAUAGGGGAAAUAAGGAUAGAAAACCGAAAACGAAACCCAAGGAAAAUGCUGAUAGUCAAGAACCAAAGGACAUUAAACCGAGGUUAGGUGAUCAAAAACCUAAAGAGGAAGGUGAACCUAACGAAGAUGAUGAUAAUGAUAAUAAUGAUGAUGGUGAAGCACCAGAUAAUACUGAAGAUACCGAUGAGAAUCCCCAAGAGCCGGAUGAAUCAGUACCAGAGGGCAUGGACAAUAAACCACCAAAGCCGAACAGUGAAAAGCCAAAUGAUAGGAAAAAUAAGCCACAGACUCAAAAUCAACCCAGGAGUGACAGGAACAAACCUAAAAAUCAACCAGGAAAGAAUGAUCGACCCCAAAAACCCAAGGAACCAAAAGAGAAAAAUGAUGAUGAGGAUGAACCAGGAAAACCGGAUGACAAGGAGGAUGAUACAUCUACUCCUGAUGAAGAUAAACCAGAUGAGGAAAACGAACCAAUGAAGAAAAAUACAAACCCAGAUCGACCGCAAAAAUCUGGAGCAGGAAAGCCUAGUGAUAAACGGGGAAAACCAAAGGAUGAUGACAAUGAAGACGAAGACAGUGAAAAACCCAAGGAAGAUGACAAAGGGGAAGAUCAGCCACAGAAACCGAAUGAUACAAAACCGAAAAACAAAACUAGACCCCAAAAACCAAAGGAACCAAAACAAAAGGAUGAUGAUGAACCAGAGAAACCAGAUACUCCUGAGCAAGAUCACAAAGAGGAUGAACCAGAAGAAGAAGAUAGUCCGCAGGAGAAGGAGAAACCUAAAGUAGAUGAUAAACAGGAAAAGCCACCAAAGUCUGAUAAUGACAAGCGAAAAGGGAAGAAUAAUAAACCAGAGGAGGAGGAUCAUCCACAAGAACCAGAUGACAAAAAUCCUGAUGAUGAAAGUGAUAAACCUAAAGGAGAAAAACCUAAGAAAGAAAAACCUAAGGAAGAACAACCUAAAGAAGAACAACCUAAGGAUGAAAAGGGUGAGCCUAAAAUGAAAGAUAAGGACCAACCUAAAAAGGGUCCAAAAUCUGAAGAUGAUAAACCAGAGGAACCUAGUGAUUCUAAAGAUGAUGACAAAGAAGAUGAACCUCAAGUGCCCGAUGAAGAGAAGCCCGAACAAAAAGGUGAUAAACCUAAAAAAGAAGAUAAGAAGAAUCAGCCUAAGAAGCCAGAUGGUCCAAAAGAUGAAGAUGAUAAACCGGAGGAACCUAGUGAUUCUAAAGAUGAUGGCAAAGAAGAUGAACCUCAAGAGCCCGAUGAAGAGAAGCCCGAACAAAAAGGUGAUAAACCUAAAAAGGAAGAUAAGAAGAAUCAGCCUAAGAAGCCAGAUGGUCCAAAAGAUGAAGAUGAUAAACCGGAGGAACCUAGUGAUUCUAAAGAUGAUGACAAAGAAGAUGAACCUCAAGAGCCCGAUGAAGAGAAGCCCGAACAAAAAGGUGAUAAACCUAAAAAGGAAGAUAAGAAGAAUCAGCCUAAGAAACCUGAUGGUCCAAAAGAUGAAGACGAAGAUAAUAAACCAGAGGAACCAGCAGAUGAUAAAGCGAAUAAGCCUGAUAGUGAUAAGCCAGAGGAAAAAGAUGACGAACCUAAUAAAGAGGAUAAGAAGAAAGACCAACCACAAAAGCCAGGUGAUUCCAAACCUAAAAAUAAGGAAGGUAAACCUCAAGGACCCAAUGAUUCAAAACCAGACGACAAAACCAAAGAUCCUCAGAUGCCUGACAGUGAAAAGCCAAAGGAAAAAAAUGAUAAACCCAAACAGGAUACUGAAAAGCCACAGAAACCUGAUGAUUCCAAACCAGAUGACAAAAUGGAUGAUGAAGACAAAGACAAACCACCAAUGACUGAUGAUCCCAAACCAAAAAUGCCAGAGAAGGAGAAACCACCGAAAGAUGAUAAAAAAGGAGAUGAGCCACAAGAACCUAAAGAUUCUAAACCUAAAGAUGAAAAACCACAGAAGCCAGAUGAUUCCAAACCUGAAGAUGAAAAUGAUAAACCUCAGAAGCCAGAUGAUUCUAAGCCUGAAGAUAAAAAUAAAAAACCUCAGAAGCCAGAUGAUUCUAAGCCUAAAGAUAAAAAUGACAAACCUCAGAAGCCAGAUGAUUCCCAACCAGAUGAUAAAAUGGAGGAACCACAAAAGCCCGAUGAGGACAAACCAGAUGAUGAAAAGGAUAAACCCGAAAUGGAAGAUAAAGAAAAAGAUCAACCCCAAAAUCCAAAAGAUCCAAAACCUGCAGAUAUGAAUGAUAAACCCAAAAAACCAGAGAAGUCCAAGCCUGAUGAUAAAAAGGAUGAGCCUCAAAUGCCAGAGAAAGGUAAAACUCCAAAAGAUGAUAAAAAGAAGGAUGAGCCAGAAAAGCCUGAUGACUCCAAACCAGAGGAUAAAAAGGAGAAACCCCACAAGCCAGAUGAUUCCAAACCAGAUGACAAAAUGGACGAGCCUGAGAUGCCUGAUGGAGAAAAGCCUGAAGGAAAAAAAGACAAACCUAAACAGAAAGAUGUCGAUGAGGAUCAGCCACCGAUGCCUGACGAUUCAAAACCUGAUGCUGGCAAGGACAAACCUCAAAAACCUGAUGAUAAAACCAAUAAACCACCGAAAUCUAACACUGAUAAGCCUGAAGAAUCCAAACCUGAUAAAGAAGAAGAAGUUCCUGACAAAGAGAAACCUGAUGAAAAAAGUGAUGAGCCUAAAAAGGAAGAUAAAAAGGAUCAGCCAAAGAAGCCUGAUGGUCCAAAACCUGACGAUAAGGAUGAUAAAGAUAAGCCUAAAGAUGAUGACAAGGACAAGCCUCAAAAACCUGAUGAUAAAAAAAAUAAACCACCAAAAUCUAACACUGACGAGCCUGAAGAAUCCAAGCCUGAUGAUAAAGAAGACGAAGUUCCAGAAGAAGAGAAGCCCGAUCAAGAAGAUGAUAAACCUAAAAUGGAAGACAAAGAUGAUCAUCCAAAGAAACCUGAUGAUCCGAAACCUAAAGAUAAGGAUGAUAUACCUCAGAAGCCUAAGGAUCAAAAGUCUGCAGAUGAUGAUAAACCACAGAAACCAAGUGAAUCCGAACCUGAUGAUAAAAAGGACAAACCCCAGAAGCCUGAUAAAAAAGAUGAUGAGGAAGAUCAGCCACAGCAACCUGAUAAAUCCAAACCUGAGGAUAUGAAUAAAAAACCUCAAAAACCUAAAGAACCAAAGAAUAUGAAGAAUCAGCCGCAAGAGCCUGGCAGUGAUGCACCUGAGGACACGGAUGAUAAACCAAAGGACGAAGAUGAAGAUAAGGAGCAACCACAGGAGCCUGAUGAAUCCAAACCUAAAGAUGAUAAACCUCAAAAACCCGAUGGAUCCAAACCAAAUGAGAAGGAAAAAAAACCCAAGAUGCCCGACAAUGACCAGCCUGAUGAUAAGCCUGAAGAAGAAAAGGAUAAACCUGAGAACCCCGAUAAAUCAAAACCCGAUGACAAAGAAGAUGAACCUCAGACACCAGACGACAAACCAGAGCAGAAAACUGAUAAACCUAAAGUUGAAGAUAAAAAGAACGAUAAACCUCAGAAGGAGGACAGCAAGCCUAAAGGACCUAAAGAAGAUAAACCUAAAGAUGAUGAGCCUAAAGAAGAAAAGCCAAAUGGAGCUAAAGAAGAUACACCUGAAGAACCCAAAGAAGAUGAGCCUAAAGGACCUAAAGAAGAUAAACCUAAAGAACCCAAAGCAGAUGAAACUAAAGAUGAUAAGCCUAAAGGGCCUAAAGAAGAUAAACCUAAAGAUGAUAAGCCUAAAGAAGAAAAGCCUAAAGGACCUAAAGAAGAUACACCUAAAGAACCCAAAGAAGAUGAACCUAAAGAUGAUGAGCCUAAAGGACCUAAAGAAGAUAAACCUAAAGAUGAUAAGCCAAAAGGACCUAAAGAGCCCAAAGAAGAUGAACCUAAAGAUGAUGAGCCUAAAAGGCCUAAAGAAGAUAAACCUAAAGAUGAUAAGUCUAAAGAAGAAAAGCCUAAAGGACCUAAAGAAGAUACACCUGAAGAACCCAAAGAAGAUGGACCUAAAGAAGAUACACCUAAAGAACCCAAAGAAGAUGGACCUAAAGAUAAUGAGCCUAAAAGACCUAAAGAGCCCAAAGAAGAUGAACCUAAAGAUGAUGAGCCUAAAGGACCUAAAGAAGAUAAACCUAAAGAUGAUAAGCCAAAAGGACCUAAAGAAGGUAAACCCAAAGAACCCAAAGAUGAUGAGCCUAAAGGGCCUAAAGAAGAUAAACCUAAAGAUAAUGAGCCUAAAGAAGAUAAACCUAAAGAUGACAAGCCUAAAGAACCCAAAGAAGAUGAACCUAAAGAUGAUAAGCCUAAAGGACCUAAAGAGCCCAAAGAUGAUGAACCUAAAGAUGAUGAGCCUAAAGAAGAUAAACCUAAAGAUGAUAAACCAAAAGAUGAUGAGCCUAAAGGACCUAAGGAAGAUAAACCUAAGCAACCCAAAGAAGAUAAACCUUUAGAACCGAAAGAAGAUGAAUCUAAGAAAGAAAAGCCUAAAGGAUCUACAGAUGAUGAGCCAAAAGGAGAAAAGCCUAAAGGACCUAAUGAAGAUAAACCUAAAGAUGAUAAACCUAAAGAAGAUAAACCUAAACAACCGAAAGAAGAUGAACCUAAAGACGAUAAGCCUAAAGAUGAUAAACCUAAAGGAGAUAAACCUAAAGAACCGAAAGAUGAUAAACCUAAAGAUGGUGAGCCUAAAGGACCUAAAGAAGAUACACCUAAAGAACCUAAAGAAGAUAAACCUAAAGAUGCUGAGCCUAAAGGAGAUAAACCUAAAGAACCGAAAGAAGAUAAACCUAAAGAUGAUGAGCCAAAAGGUGAAAAGCCUAAAGAACCUAAGGAAGGUAAACCUAAAGAACCCAAAGAAGAUAAACCUGAAGAUGAUCAGCCAAAAGAAGAAAAGCAAGAUCAGCCAGAAAGUCCCGAUAAACCCCAGAAGUCAAAAGAUCCUUUGAAUGAAGACCAAAAACCUGAUAUCGUGUUUCCAGAUGACAAGGGUUUACGAACUCCUUCAGCAUUCGAUGAUGAUAAAGACAAGAAUCCUGAAUCAUUUCCUCCAAAAAGUAACUCACCUUUCGAUACUCGCAACAAUAUUCCCGAGGAUAUGAAUCCUUCUCAACCAGAGAAUCCAAAUCCCCAGAGCGAAAAUCCACAACCUGAUAACAGUGAACAACCACAGGCUUUUCCCUUCAAUCCAAACAAUCCGUUCCUUAAGGGUGCUUUUGGAGGAAAAAUGCCCAAUCAAGGUCCAAUGUCGCCAGGAUUUCCCGAAAGACCACCAAAUAGUCUCGAUUCCGAAGAUGAUCCUAAGAAUUCAAAUGCCGCUCCACCAUCUGAAAAUCCUUAUGGAAAUGGACCACCUCCUGGAAAUCCUUUCUUUUCCGGACUAUUUGGAAAAGGAAAUAAUCCACCACCACCCUUACCACCACGUUCGUCACCUGAAAAUACAGACUUUCCUAAUAAUAAUAAUAAUAACAAUAAUAAUAGUCCACCAGGAGAAGCUCCUUCCAAUAUUCCCUUCUAUCCCGGAAGUGACAGAAAAAUUGGACAGGGAAAUCCCUUCUUUUCGGGACUUUUUAAUGGUGGGAAUGAUGGAAAUUCCCAAAAUCGAAUGCCACGUGAUGGGUUUUCUUCGGGAAAUACUGAUCCACUAGGGAAUAAUAAUGAUCAACAGAGAUAUGAGCCAUUCAAUGGUUUUCCAUCGAUUGCAACUUUUGCUCCAUUUAAUAUUCCAAGGCAGUUACCGGAUUAUGAUCAACUACCACAAGAUACUCAAGAUUAUGAUCAAACCAUGGGAGACUUCUCGUGGCCAAUGAAUCCUCCUAUUUAUCCAAAUCAACCACCUCAAGUUGACAGUUACUGGCCGGAAAUUAUUCAGUUUAAUUCGAAGAAACGAUGAUAGAAUAAUAUCAAUUUUGUGAAAUUAUUUUCAUAUAAUGAUAAAUUUAGCUACCUACUCUUAAUUAUUUAUAAAACUUUCAUUAGUUUUACAAUAUAUGAUAUUUACAUUUUAAUUUUAUUCAACUUACAUAAAUAUAUUUUUCUCGUAAUUAAUAUAAUAAUUUAUUUAUCAUUCUAAAAGUGAUACUUGUACAUAUAGAAUCACCUGUUAUUACAUUUUUCUAAAGAUUUGAACGUUCAAAUUUUGAACGACAACAUUUUUAUAGUACUUCUAUUUUAUAUUUUUAUUCUAUAUUUUAUUUAUUUUAUUUUUAUUUCCUAUUCAUUGUA